UUUUUUGUUAACGGAGACUGAUAGUCCAUUAUUUUUGGUUUUGUUUACUCAUUGUUUACUCAACAGAAACAAAGCAAAAGUUAGAAUGAUACACUGCAUGAACAUCAGCAUUCGAUUAAGUGUUUGUUUCACCCUUGUUAACUUGCACACAUGCAUUCAUGUAGACAUGGAGGCAGGCAGUGUUGUCAUUUUGGAAUAAAAAUUCUGAAUUUCUUAAACAGGUUUUUGCUGUUAACUGGCAUGAUUCUCUCUACAACCAGACAAAAAACACAAACAAGAAACAUCUAAUGAAGGCUUGCUUGUUCAGGGAAUUUUCUAUCUUCAUCCUUCCAUCUUCCCUUUUGAGAAAAACAUGUUUCUCUUUACAACUUUAAAUUGUUUGACCACUCAUUCAGGAUAGAUGGCUCAAGACAAACUCAAUAUAGAAAGAGUCUGGUCUAAUACCAUGGUGCAAGAAAAAUAAAAAAAUUCCGAAAAAUUAAAAACAAAGUAAACAGCCCUUAUUUGUUGUGUAUAUCACCAUCAACUGUUUAGGUUUGAGGCUAAACAAUUGAUGUUUGAGGCGUGCUAUCAUUCCAUGUUCAUGAUGAGUCAUGUCCUCAUCAAAACAUGUUUGAGACAUCCAUAAAUCUUACUGGCAACCAUUCGGUGGCGCAAUCCUUCCUCAUGCAAUGCACCGCCCACCUACACAAAGUUGUGUCUCAAAGCUACAGUCCCCAGAGCACCCUACAGAGCACCUCUCCCACGUGUCUCUCCACCAAAAUAACAGCAGCAGCAAUCAAUCAUCUACACCAGUACAAAGUCAAAGAAUAACCUUAAAUAUGUCUGUCAAACCAUGGUCCUUUACAUGCAGCUACAGGUCAUAAGCCAACACGUUCUCACUCCCGACUCGUCAUAUAUUGACGCUUGGGCAGGUUCCCUCAGCGUCACAUAUUGACGCGUCGGGUAUCCCGUUCGCGUCAAUAUGUGACGAGAAGGGUUCUCCCAUUGAAUGCUGUACGGCUCCCUAAGCGUCCAAAACCGACGAUCUAGGAACAAAUAAGAUGACGAGUCUGUUCUAUUUUUGUAAAAGGCACACAAUUCGUGCAUAGCAGAUGUAUUUGUAGGUUUUUAACAAUUUAGUUAAUUUUACUUCAGUUUUAAAAGAUCCUCCGGUUCUCUGAAGCCGCGAUUUUAUCUACAUGUCUGUUUAUUUCUUAACAGCAGACACGAAUUACACCAGUUUCACUGAUUUCAUCGUAACUUCAUGAUUGUAAAGGACAUAACAUUCUAAUUUUUACACAAUAAUAAAAAAAGAAAGGAAUACGUAUGUUAUUUGGAGUUUAUGAGGUUACAGAUAAUAGCGGCAUGCACCUCCGAAGUCGUUUGCAGUCCAUUAAUAAUAAAAAAAAGAAUUUUAAUAAAAAUGUUUAAGAAGAGUGAGGGUGCAUUUCCUUUUGUGAUUACAUGCCAGACGGUUCUGUAAACGUUUGAUUAAAAUAAAAAUAAGGACAGAUCCCACCCGUCCAUAAAUCUAAGAAGAAGAAGAAGAAGAAGAAGCUGACGUCAUCGCAUGCGACAUUGGACCCCGGUGAGUACAAACCUGAAUCUGUCAGAAAUGGUUUUGUAUUAUAAAACAAAAGAAAAUACUACAGAAUGUGAUUGCAGUUGUAGGACUUAAUGGUAGUAGGACUGUGCCGCGAAUGGUUGAAGACAUUUGGACACGUUUGUAACAUGUAUUUUUUUAAUUUUUGUUGCCGCUAGCUACAUUAGCUAGCUACAUUAGCUAGCUACAUUAGCCUCUUGGAGCCCAGAGAGUUCAGCUGAACCUGCACUUAAUACAUUUAAUUAGCCAUGAUAGAGUCACAGAAUUGUUUGUUGUAUAAUUUGAGGGUUGCUAUAACAACCCUAGGCUGUGAUGAUCCUAAAGGUUUUCUGAAUACACUGAUUGCAGCUAGGUCAUGCAUUUGAAUUAAAAACGAACUUGGGUCAUUACAGCCAAAGUUCUCUCCACCUGUCUACGUUGAAAUAAAUAACUUCCGAAAUCUGAACAUUUAUUUUGUUUUUAUGUCAACAGGUUCUUCUUUGAGAUAUUCAUCGGACAUACAUUUCUGCUCAUUCAUAGCACCCACAAAAGGCACUUUUAAGAGCCACGUUUGUCAAAUCUCUGCGUCAUCUUUUUUGUCAUAUCUCUUCGUCAUCUUUGUGUUCUUAAUUUGUCUAUUGUUCUUCACGUAAUUUGUCAACAGUUCUGUUUGUUUGUUUGUUUUGUUUGUUUGUCCAUCAUAAGUCUUUGCAUUCUAUUUUGCUCUUUGUCAGUGUUUUUUAAGUAUGACACGCCCCAAAUUCAGGCCAUGCGCACAGUGUCAAACGCCCAAUCAGGCAAACAGAAAAAGUUGUGUCGCCUGCCACCAGAGUCUUUACACCAAAAAAAAAAGAAAAGAAAAGUUUCAGACAUUCAAUGAUCAGUGGAGGGAAACAGUUUUAAAAAACAGAAAUGUUUCCCGCAUAAUGGAUUCUGCGGAAAUUGCAGUUCGCAAACUUCAUGCUUUAGGCUAUAAGCCUAUUUUAUUUUUUGCUAAGGAAGAUAAGUCUUCAAGCAAGUGGGUAGCAGAUGUAAUUACUCAUUUGGAGCCCACUGCUACUACAAAUAAUUUUCUUGAGAAGAUGCAAAGGGCUUAUGAAUUUCUCCUCCCUGAAGCCACGUCUGUACCAGUGCAGCCCCACACCUCCAUGGAACAGCAGGUUUUUUCACCCAAAGAGCAGUGGGCUGAUGAAAAAGCUGAGAACCUGGUCUAUGAACCAACAGAGACCAUAGCUGAGGAAGAGCCUGUGAUUGUGCUUGAUCUGGUUCCUGUUUCUCCUCCUAUUGUUCCUUCUUCUCCGGCUUUCCAGAAGAAGAAAAGAGCCAGAAGCACCUCUCCACCUGCCUCUCCUCCUACUCUGCCAUCUGUCUCUCCCAUAGACCAGCCAAACCAACAUUCAUAUGAAUCGCCUGCUGCCCAUGCCAUCUCGUUAAGUCAGGGUGGCCUAUUUGAAAAUAAGAAGAGAAAGGGUUGCCGGAAAUGUAGCAGACAAAAGGUGUUCCUGUUUGACUCAAUCACUGGGCAUAGGACUAAUGCGGGCAAAGAGGAAGUAAAAAUUCAUUGGUUGCCCUGCUCUGCUUGUGGGAAAAUCUGGGAUGACACCUGGGAACCUGCAAGUGAAUUCACACAUGUUGCUGUCCCCCAAGAGCUUCUUCCUUCAGACAGCAAACAAGUCCUUCCAUGAUGUUGCUCUUUCUUUUUUUGUGUUACAAAGUUGUAAUUUCCAUUUUUCUAUAACUGCAGUUUGACUAUAUUAAAAGGUUUUCUGUGUAAUAUUGUUUUCGGCUUAUUUUGGGCUGUUUAUUGACACGUCUUUGUCAUGUUCUGUAAAAGACUGAGUGAUGCUGGUUGAGUCACUGCAUGAACAAGUUAUUUUGCCUGUAUUGAGGCUUCAAAUUUUGAACAGGAUUGUUUGUACAUUUUGGCUUGUAAUAGUUGACCUAAUGUCUUAAAUCCUUUAAACAUUUGUUUUUGAGUGUUUUGAAGGUUGAUGUGGAUGUACAAAGUAUAGUCUAUUAAAAUAGAAAAAAAAUGUAUAAAUAUAACUUAAUUUAAAUAUAACUAAUUGGAAGUUGUUUCAUGCCAAGAAGCAUGAAAAUUUCAACAAUUCAACAUCACCUUUUUUGUGUCAUGUAUUUUGUCAAUCGAGAUUGUAUUUGUGAAAUGCUAUAAUAAAAUUGCUUUCAAAUGCAGUACAAUUACUUUUUAA